AUGGGCCUCGCAUACAAUACCUACCUCACGAGCAACAAGAUCUACGGCUGCAAGUCAUGCAAGACACAUCUUGCCAACCAUGAGGAUAUCAUAAGCAGGGUAUGUUGCCUCUCCGUCAGCAGCCUCCCUCUCGCUGGCCUUUCUCCUUCCGGUAGCGGACGGGACCCCAGAGGCUCGCCCCUGAAGGACAGCAUUAACCUCUGGGAACAGAACUUCCGUGGCCAGCAUGGCAAGGCCUAUCUGUUUCACAACGUCGUCAACGUCGAUGCAGGCGAGCCCCUCGAGCGAAACAUGACGACGGGCCGCCACGUCGUCCGCGAUAUCACUUGUCGUCAGUGCAAGGAGACGGUUGGCUGGAAGUACGACAAGGCAUACGAAAACUCGGAAAAGUACAAGGAGGGAAAGUUCAUACUCGAAGCCGAGCUGCUUUGCAACGUCGCAUAG